UUUUUCUCUUUGAUAUAAAAAAAAUACACAAAAAACCGAAAAAAAAUAAAUACCAUUAAGGAGUAUAUAAAACCAAAAUAGUGAGAAUCAACCAAGUGUUUUCCCGUUAUAUUUCGCGCUCUCUCCAAGUUCAAAGUUCGAAACUUUUUUAAACUUCAAGUUCAAGAUCGACUCUCCGUUCGUUCCAACCACCGUUCUCGUCAUUCGCAUCCUUUAAAGGGAUAUAAUCGCAACCAGUCUCCAACUUGCUAGUCCUUAUCAGCAUUUUCUUUGUUAUCAGCAAUAGACUCCAAUAGAUCCAUUCACAAUGAAUACCCAAUCGAAGGUAUACCGCACCGGCGAAGAAAUCUAUGAUAACAUGCCAAUAGAUGGCUAUUUCAACAUCAAUGCCAUUCGCAAUCUGGGAAUCCCUACAACUUUCCCUACGAUUGGAACCUUUACGCUUGAUUCUACCACUUUGGGGAUGCAACAACAAUCGCAGGGACCGCCGCAGCAGCAGCAACAACAACAGCAGCCACCCAACAUGCAUCACCAUCAACAGCAGCAGCAGCAUCAGCAACACCAACAACAUCAGCAGCAGCAGCAACAUCAACAACAACAACAUCAGCAGCAGCACCAACAUAUGCAACAGCAACAACAACAGCAGCAACAACAACAACAGCAGCAACAACAUCCCAGCAUUGGAAUGUUUGAUGCCAACGAGGUGAACGAUGUCAUCCAGAAUCCACCACAGAUUGGUGUCUUUCAAUCGAAUAGCGUGUUGACCAAUGGAGCCGGUAGCUCCUCCUCGAUGUUUGGCUCCCAGUCGAGCAAUUCUUCGGCUGCCCCCAACACUGAUCCCAGCCAGGCCACUCGUGAAACUGGUAUCAUCGAGAAAUUGCUGCACUCUUAUGGGUUUAUUCAAUGCUGCGAGCGUCAGGCGCGUCUCUUCUUCCAUUUCUCGCAGUUCAGCGGCAAUAUUGAUCAUUUGAAGAUUGGAGAUCCCGUCGAGUUCGAGAUGACCUAUGAUCGCCGCACUGGCAAGCCGAUAGCUAGUCAAGUGUCCAAGAUAGCACCGGAGGUGGUGCUCUCCGAGGAGCGGGUAACCGGCACUGUCACCACUGAGUUGCGCACCGAUAGUGCCAACAAUGUGCUCAGCUCCAGCGAGACCACCGGCCGGAUCAGCUAUGAGAACCGGGGCGAAUGCUUCUUCUUACCAUAUACCAAAGACGAUGUCGAGGGCAAUGUGAACUUGCGUGCUGGCGACAAGGUCAGCUUUCAAAUUGCAACGAACCAAAGAGGCAACCUGGGUGCCUGCCAUAUUCGCCUGGAGAAUCCGGCCCAGCCGGUUAAAUACCGCGGAGUAGUCUGCUCAAUGAAGGAGUCUUUCGGUUUUAUCGAACGCGCCGAUGUUGUCAAGGAGAUAUUCUUUCAUUUCUCCGAGGCCGAGGGCAAUGUAGAGCUACGUCCCGGUGAUGAUGUUGAGUUCACCAUUCAGACGCGUAGCGUAAGUGGCAGUGGGGAUCCGGCAAACGCUCACCUCCAUUCAAAGAUGCAGUCUCCGUCUGUGCCCCCGCAGGGCCGUGAAUAUGCCUGCAACAUUACGCGCUUGCCUCCGGGCUCCGUGAUCUUCGAGGACGUCGAUAGCACUGUGUAUAAGGGCCAGGUGCUCAAGUCCCUCGAUCGCAAUAAUCCCGUUCGUCAGAAUAACGAUCCAUUGCCGGGACGUAUACGCUACAGAGCUUUGGACUACUCCGAGGUGGAGGUACCCUUUGGCGAUAAGGAUCAGAAGGGUGACUUCACCCUGCGCCAUGGAGACUGGGUGCAGUUCUUCCUGGCCACCGAUCGGCGGGAUCAAUUGCAACGGGCCACAUCGAUUGCCUUGCUGGAUGAGACUUUCAAGGUGUCUGGAGAAAAGCGAGAGCAGGGCACCAUUGCCUCGCUCAAGGAAGGUUUUGGAUUUUUGCGCUGCGUGGAGCGACAAGCGCGUCUAUUUUUCCACUUUACUGAAGUUCUAGAUACGUGCCGCGAAAUUGACGUAAACGAUGAGGUGGAAUUCACUGUCAUCCAGGAGCCAGGCCUGGCCUAUAAUAACUCGCGUUUGCAGGCCAUACGCAUUAAACACUUGCCGCCCAACUCAGUGCAAUUUGAAACUUUAAUGGCCAGCAACAUUGAAGGUUGCGUGACACGCGAGGCUCCCAAGAGCCCAAUUAAAUCUCAAGAUCGCGUAGAAGGCGGUGUGAUUACCUAUGAACAUGGCGAUGUUAAAAAGACUAUAAUGUAUUUUCUUAAAGACUGCGAAAAACCACCAAGGAUUGGGGAGCGAGUGCGCUUCGAUAUUUACAUGGUCAAACGUAACAAGGAGUAUAUAGCCGUCAAUGUGCAGCAAGUUUCCUUGCAGCAACAGCAACAACAACAGCAGCAACAGCAACUGCUGAAUCAACCGAAUUCCGGUGGCAAUCAUAACCAAAAUGAUCAACUUUCUGCUCUGUCGAACGGCAUCAGCGGCAGUGGCUCGAAUCCCUCUAUGCAGAAUGGCUAUGUGAUGCACGGCAGUCCCGGUGGAAGCACCAGCAGUGUGGGCAGCAACAAUCCAGCCCACAUGGAUGACUUUAAGCUGGAGAACAACAAUCAUGCCAGUUCCGAGGCUGGGCAGGUGUAUCGCGGCUUUAUUGCCGUGAUGAAGGAGAAUUUUGGAUUCAUUGAGACCUUGUCCCACGACGAGGAGGUCUUCUUCCACUUCAGCAACUAUCAUGGCAAUCCAAACUGGUUGGAGCUGGGCCAGGAGGUGGAGUACACUCUGGCUCCCAAUGGGAAUACAUCCGUUUCUGGCAACUGCCUGCCAGCCGAGAAUGUUCGAAUGCUGCCCAAGAACUCAAUUCCACAGCCGGCAGUGCUGGAUCCCGUUCACAAUGGCGUGGUGGCCCGUCCACUUCGAUGCAUUAAUCCCGAUCAGCAGGAGUAUGCUGGUCUCAUCGAGAUCCUUGACGAGCAGCGCACUACUGUCAUAUCACAGCACGAGUUCGGCAUAACCAGUUUGGUGAACAAGCGGGAUCUUCUUCAGAAGGGUGAUCUUGUCAGCUUCCGCAUCGAUGAGAGCGGUCGGGCCGCUGUGGUUAACGCUGUGCGUCAGAAAAAGCGCGCCACUGUGGACUCCAUCAAGGGCCAGUUUGGAUUCCUCAACUUUGAGGUGGAGGACGGGAAGAAGCUCUUCUUCCACAUGUCCGAGGUGCAGGGAAGCACUGUGGCUUUGCACCCCGGGGAUACCGUGGAGUUCUCUGUGGUUACAAAUCAGCGUAAUGGAAAGUCUUCGGCUUGCAAUGUUCUGAAAAUAAACGAUCGUCCGGAUCGUCUGAUCUCGCGCCUCAAGCUCAAUGGCGAUGACACUGUGCCGCGCCUAAUACUCAUCCGCGCACCCAAGGGACCGCAGGGCAAGGGCUUUUCCGUUCUGGCGCGCCAUCCACGCAUUCCAGGCACUUUGGUGGAGUAGAUUGCUGCUGUAAUAUCGAAUUAGCCACACAGAGAGGGAUAUUGAAUGCACAUCAAAGACAACUACCUACAGAUAAAGCUAUACGUUUAAAAUCCUUGUACGCAAGCCAUUGAUUAGCGAGCAGGAAGAGACCCAAUCAAUCAACUAACUAACAGCAAUGUGAAUUUGUCGCCCUAUACCAUAUACAAACACAAACAAACACAUUUAUAAAGAAUAUAAUCCUUAGAUGAAACAAAAACUAAAUAAUACAAAACUCUAUUGGAAACGAUCGUAAUUGAUAAUAAUCGAUAGCAACAGCAUAUGGCAUACAUUUACGAUUAAUACGAUUAAUUACAAAACUACUUAAUAGCAACUCAACAAGAGAACUCUUCGUGUCUGAAAUCGAAACUUAUUUGUAAUACUACCAACUAACCCUCCACCAUUGUAACGCUAUGCUCUUGACUCGAUUCGAGUUGAAGCGAAAUGAAAUUGAAAUUCAAGUGUCUGAGAGAUGAAACCAAAACGUUUGUAUACGUAUACUAUUUUCUACUAGUUUGCUUUAAUUUUAAACAAAAUAUUUAAAAAAAAGAAAAGAAAAAAAUACAAAAAAAGAAAAAACACUCAAAAAUAAGUGAGAAGGAAACAGGAAACAUAAUCUAUGAAGUAAUUAUUCUAGAAAGGCAACGAAAUCUUUGCAUAAUUGCUUUAGAAAUUGUAUGAAGGCAACCCUCUAUAUAUAUACAAAAAACACUCUUAUCUAUGGCUUGGAUAGUUCCUGCUCCUAUUGAACUGUAUCUUGCUCCACUCGUAUUCUAAUGUACUUCUCGAAAACUGUUCUUUCACUGCUUUCUAAUUAACUGUUAACGAUUUAUAUUUAUUGAAUAAUUAUUGUACUGCUGAACGGCGACUGCAACCAAUUAGGUAGAACACCAUCAGCACCAGGAAACAUCAGCCAGCCAGCCAAUCAAGAAAUAAAAAGAAAGAUGAAAGUAUUUAUAUAGCAAAACAGAAAGUCUAAUUUGUAUACAUGCAUAUAUCUACCAUUUAAAUAUAUAUUUUAUCUAUUCAUUAACGUAAACAUACAUAACACUA